AUGACCACCUCCCUCGAUUACCUCAAGCAGACUGGCACUGUCGUUGUCUCCGACUCGGGCGAUUUCGAGUCGAUCGACGUGUACAAGCCGCAGGAUGCUACCACCAACCCAUCGUUGAUUCUCGCUGCAGCGAACAAGCCCGGGUAUGCGCGUCUCAUCGACGCUGCCGUGAAGGCGGGUAAGAGCAAAGGCGGCGAUCUCGACGCACAAACCAAUGCUGCCAUGGACCGACUGCUGGUUGAGUUUGGGAAGGAGAUCCUUGCUAUCAUCCCUGGCCGUGUCUCGACCGAGGUCGAUGCUCGUCUGUCCUUCGACAAGGAGGGCACCAAGGCGAAGGCGAAGGAGCUCAUUGCCCUUUACGAGUCCGUUGGUAUUAAGAAGGAGCGCAUUUUGAUUAAAAUUGCAUCGACGUGGGAGGGUAUUCAGGCUGCCCGCGAACUGGAACGCGAUGACGGCAUUCACUGUAACCUUACCCUCCUAUUUGGAUUUGCUCAAGCUGUCGCUUGCGCCGAGGCGGGCGUUACCCUCAUCUCACCCUUCGUUGGUCGUAUCCUGGACUGGUACAAGAAGAACAAGCCCGGAAAGGACUAUACCGGCGAUGAAGAUCCUGGUGUGCAGUCCGUGCAGAAGAUCUUCAACUACUACAAGCAGUAUGGUUACAAGACCAUUGUCAUGGGUGCCUCCUUCCGUAACACUGGCGAGAUCAAAUCGCUUGCUGGUGUUGACUUCCUCACCAUCUCACCUGCUCUCCUUGAGGAGCUCAAGAACGACACCUCUCUUGUCCCCAAGAAACUCGACUCACAAAAAGCCGCGGCCAGCCAGACCUUUUCUAAGGUCUCUUACGUUGACAAUGAAGCCGAGUUCCGUUGGGAGCUCCUUGAGGACCAGAUGGCGUUUGACAAGCUCCAUGAGGGUAUCAAGAAGUUCGCUGAAGAUGGUGCCACUCUUAAGGAGCUCCUCCGCAAGAAGCUCUCUGCAUAG